AUGGAGAAAGACGACUCCGAUGUGGAGUUCGCUCCCAUCACGACCAGAACAGCAACCGUGGAAGAGGAGAGGGAAUAUGAAACACUCAAUGAGCUUAAUCGCAUUGCCUCGAGUAGGCUAGGAAGAGCUGUCUCCGCCCAUUCAGCUGCCAAGAAAAACGACCCGCGACUGGAUCCAACAAGCCCUGAAUUCGAUCAUUACAGAUGGGCUCAAACUGUCCUGGACCAGAUGCAUGAGGAGGGAAUCGAAGCCCCUCAACAGAGUGUGGUCUUCAAGGAUCUAUCCAUCAGCGGCAGUGGUGCCGCCAUCCAAUAUCAAGAAACCCUGACGUCGGUUCUUGCGGUCCCCUUCCGCUCUAUCACCCGUGCCUUGACCGGACACCAUGCGAAACCGCGCCGGAUCUUACAAAGCUUCGAUGGAUUGCUCCAGGCAGGCGAGCUAUUGCUCGUUCUGGGUCGCCCAGGAAGCGGUUGCACUACCUUUCUUAAGACAAUUACUGGCCACCUAGGUGGCUUGACCAUGGACCCAAACAGCACAAUACACUACGAGGGAAUUUCAUUUGAGGACAUGAUCAAAUUUCACCGCGGCGAGGUUGCUUAUAACAGAGAGGUCGAACUUCAUUUCCCUCAUCUGACAGUCGGCCAAACCCUGUCGUUCGCCGCCCAGGCACGGGCUCCCCAUAAGCGUCUGGAAGGACUGAGCAGAGAUGAGUUUUGCGAGACUCUUGUCCAGGUGGUGAUGUCCGUGUUUGGUCUUAGCCAUACCGUCAACACCAAAGUCGGCAGCGAAUUCGUGCGCGGUGUCAGUGGAGGCGAGCGAAAGCGAGUUAGCAUUGCGGAGAUGUUCCUCAGCCGCUGUCGCUUGGGAGCAUGGGACAACAGCACUCGCGGUUUGGACGCAGCUUCGGCUCUUAGGUUUGUCAAAUCCCAGCGUCUUGCAGCAGACAUGGGAAAUUCCUGUCACGCCAUUGCUGCCUACCAAGCGUCUCAAUCGAUGUAUGACCUUUUCGACAAGGUGAUUGUUCUGUACGAAGGUUACCAGAUCUAUUAUGGCCCUCGCGACCGAGCCGUAUCCUAUUUCGAGGACCAAGGAUGGCAGAGGCCGGAGCGCCAGGUAUCAGGAGAUUAUCUGACAGCGAUUACCAACCCCAACGAGCGGGUCACCCGUCCUGGCAUGGAAUCGAAGGUGCCACGUACCGCAAAGGAGUUUCACGAGUUCUGGAAGAGAAGUCCGGAGUACAAGGCUUUGCACGAACAGAUCAAGACCUACGAAGCAGAGCAUGCUCCCAAUAGCGACGCUGCAAAACAAUUCCAGAUGAGCCACGUGGAACAGCAAGCCCGCCACACCCGAACUCGCAGCCCGUACCUGCUAUCCAUUCCAAUGCAAAUUCGACUCUGUACUCGUCGUGCCUACCAACGAGUUCUUAACGAUCUGCCCACUGCACUUUCCCCGGUCAUCGUUCAGCUGAUCCUGGCGUUGAUCAUCGGCUCCGUCUUCUACAACACGCCCGACACUUCAGGCUAUUUCUUCCAAAAGGGCGCCGUGUGCUACUUUGCGGUUCUCAUGAAUGCUUUGCUUACUAUCAACGAAAUUCUUCAACUGUAUAGCCAGCGCUCAAUUGUUGAAAAGCAGGCGGGUUAUGCGUUCGUCCAUCCGUUCACCGAAGCUCUCGCCAGCAUUAUCAUCGAUCUACCGAUCAAACUCGUACGAAUCUCCAUUUUCAGCAUUGUUCUCUACUUUAUGGCGAAUUUACGUCGUGAGGCUGGCAAUUUCUUCAUCUUCUACCUCUUCUUGGUCACCGCCGUUUUGACUAUGUCGGGUCUCUUCCGCAGUUUGGGAGCCCUUACCAAGUCGGUCGGCCAGGCAAUGGCCAUGGCGGGUGUUUUGGUUCUUUGUAUUGUCGUCUAUACGGGAUUCACUUUGCCGCAGCCUUACAUGCACCCCUGGUUCUCCUGGAUUCGUUGGAUCAACCCGAUCUACUACACUUUCGAGGCUCUCAUUGCCAAUGAAUUCCACGGCAAAACCUACGCAUGCUCUUCUUUGAUCCCAAGCUACGGCACCGGUAAGAACUUCGUGUGCUCGGCCGUGGGUUCAGUGGCCGGUCAGGCAUACGUGAGUGGUGAUAGCUUCAUAAAUGACAACUAUGAGUACUAUUACUCCCACUUGUGGCGAAACUUUGGCAUCCUGAUUGCUUUCCUGAUCUUCUUCAAUGGGCUUUACUUGACAGCCACAGAAUUCAUCUCCCGUGACACAUCCAAGGCUGAAGCUCUCGUAUACCGCCCUGGUCAUGUUCCCCAGCACAUCCAAGAUAGUCAAGACUCGGAGACUGGAGCGAGCGAUCUCACGAAACUCGAAGUGCAACAUACCAAUGAUAUUCGCCUUCCCGAGCAGACCGAUAUCCUCUCCUGGAAGUCACUGCAAUACGACAUUCCGGUGAAGGAGGGCACUCGACGCUUGCUGGAUGACGUGAACGGUUGGGUCAAGCCGGGAACAUUGACUGCACUUAUGGGAGUUUCUGGAGCUGGAAAAACUACCCUCUUGGAUGUUCUCGCCCAGAGAGUGUCAAUCGGUGUAGUCACUGGUGACGUCUUUGUCAAUGGAAAGCCGCUGGCGGCUAACUUUCCCCGUAGAACCGGUUACGUCCAACAGCAGGAUCUCCACAUGGACACUACAACUGUUCGAGAGGCCCUUCAGUUCAGUGCAAUGCUCCGUCAGCCAAGUACCGUGCCGAAAAAGGAAAAGUAUGAAUACGUGGAAGAGGUUCUUAAGGUCCUGGGUAUGGAGGAUUUCGCAGAAGCGGUCGUUGGGUCUCUGGGAGAAGGACUCAAUGUUGAGCAGCGUAAACUUCUCAGCAUUGGAGUUGAGCUUGCAGCUAAGCCCACUCUUCUGAUCUUCCUUGACGAACCUACCAGUGGUCUGGACUCGCAGAGCUCCUGGACAAUUUGUCAAUUCUUAAGGCGACUGGCAGACCAUGGCCAGGCUGUGUUGGCGACAAUCCAUCAGCCCAGUGCUACAUUGUUCCAAACUUUUGACCGUCUGCUUUUCCUUGCCAAGGGCGGCAGGACAGUUUACUUUGGCGAUGUCGGAAAAGAAUCCGCCACACUCCUCGAGUACUUUGAGCGCAACGGGGCUCGGCCUUGUGAGACUCUCGAAAACCCCGCUGAGUAUAUUCUUGAUAUGGUCGCCGGAGACGGUUGUCCCGAUGUCGAUUGGGUUCAGGCUUGGAAGAAAAGUCCAGAACAUGAAGAGGUUAUCGCAGAAGUCGAUCGUCUCCACUCUGCUAAGGGAGCCAGAGAUGAGCAUACUUCCCACGAUGACGAUGAUGAUGAUACCGCUGAGUUUGCCAUGCCUAUCACGACUCAGCUCUGGGUAGUUCUUGGCCGAUGCUUUCAAGCCUACUUCCGCCGACCUGACUAUAUCUACUCUAAAUUUGUUCUUGGCAUUGUCAGUGGCCUGUUCAUUGGAUUCUCCUUCUACGGCGCCGACAACUCCGAACAAGGUUUCCAGAACGCACUCUUUAGUAUCUUCCUUCUGUGCACUAUCUUCAACACUCUCGCCAACGCUAUUAUGCCUAACCUGGUCGCCCAAAGAUCCCUCUACGAGGUCCGUGAGCGGCCAUCCAGAACUUAUUCAUGGCAGGUGUUUAUCAUUUCUCAAAUUCUCGUCGAGGUCCCUUGGCAAUUCUGCUUGGGUGUCUGCUCCUGGGCCUCGUUCUACUGGGCUGUCUUUGGCGCCAAUCAAACUUCGGAACAGACUGGUAUUGUCCUUCUCUACAUUUGCCAAUUUUUCAUCUACGCAGCCAGCAUGGCCCAGUUCGUUGUCUGCGCUAUCCCCGAACCUACCCUUGCUGCCAUGGUGGCAACCCUCAUGUUUGGUCUCUCGUUCAUCUUCAACGGAGUCAUGCAGCCUCCAAGUGACCUGCCCCGCUUCUGGAUUUUCAUGUAUCGCGUCUCCCCAUUCACUUACUACAUCGCUGGUAUCAGUGGCACAGCUCUCCAUGGCCGCUCUGUCGAAUGCAGCAAGGAUGAGCUCGAUAUCUUCGACCCACCUUCCGGCCAGACAUGCUAUCAGUACAUGGCGAAGUACCUUGAAGAUUCCACGGGUGCCAUCUACAACCCCAAUGCUACUGCCAAUUGCGAGUACUGCAGUAUGACAUCUGCGGAUGAAUAUCUCGCAGCCCGAGAGAUCUACUAUGAUGAUCGCUGGCGUGAUUACGGAAUCUUCUGGUGCUACUUUGUUUUCAACGUUGUUUGCGCUGUACUGGUUUACUAUCUCUUCCGAGUUCGGACCUCGAAGGCCAAGGUUUCCAGAGGCAAGGCCGCUGCAUAG